AUGUCAGAGGGACCACCAGCUUAUCAGGAAGCUAUAAAACAGCCAGCCGGAGUAUACCAGCAACAACAGGCAUAUGGAGCUGUUCCACAGGGUGGGUAUGCACCACCACCACCAGCAGGCUAUGCUGGACCCCCACAAGUAGGUGCAUAUCCAGCUCCAAGUUACCAAUACAAUGUGACAGUGCAGCCACAGCAGCGGGUGGUGGUAGUUGGAGGGUGUCCUGCUUGCAGGGUUGGUGUCCUUGAGGAUGAUUUCACUUGCCUUGGAGUGCUAUGUGCCAUUCUUUUCUUUCCUAUUGGCAUCCUGUGCUGUUUAGCAAUGCGCCAGCGUCGCUGUGCUCACUGUGGGGCUGUCUUUGGAUAG